AGCUUUGGCCUCUCCUCAUCGUGGCGGGAGCUGAAAUGAAUCCGUGAAGUAAACAAGAAGGUCUGUGCAGAGGAGUAACAUCAGUGGACUCAGUCAGUUUAUUUUAUUUUAUCUGGCCAUGAGCAGGUUACGUUCAGCGGUUAAUAAGGGGAAGAGCGUCGCACAGGAGAUGGUAGAAACAGCGAAACCAAAGAGGAAGAAGUCAGGGACUGCUGUCAGAGAAGAAGGUAGGUGCAGAAGUCAGUGGAAGUAAGGGCGAGUAACAUAAUUUAUCACCCAUGGAAUGACAGAAAUGAUUAAAGGGGAGCGUGGCUGUCCUCCUUUAAGGCAUCUAACACUUAAAGUGUACUCUACAGUUUUAUGUACUGCAAGAAAAUCCAGAGGUCACUUUUUUGUUUUUGCUUUACGCAAUUGAAGGGGAUCUAGAGGAAACUUCUCAUAUUUUACACGCUAGAAGGGCAACAAGAGGCGACUCUGUCAUAUUUCAACCUUUUAACCCGAGAACAUUAUUGCUAAAAUGAGUAAUAUAUAUAUAAAUAUAUAUAUAAAAAUAUGAGUAUCAUAUAUAUAUGAUACUCAGACAAACGCAACGUAAUGAAAAUCACGUAAACAUGUUUGGUCGGUGAAAGUCACCCGGCGAUAGUGUUCUAGGGUUAAAAAGCAGCUUCUUUACCAUUUUUAUAUAUUAUCCACUAAGACGGCACCAGAGAGGGCAUUGGAUUUUUUCAGACAUGGGGGCACAAUGAGAGGUUAUCAUCCCUCACCUGAGUACUCCACUGAUUACAGCGAUCAUCAAAAUUUACAAAACCACAUUUUACCUCAUGGGCAUAUACUUUGCAUUCAGUAUCACACUUGCUGAGAACACUUCACAUAGCUUGGAAAUCCCUGUAUCAACCAAUCAAUCUUUAUUUAGAGUGCCAAAUCACAUCAGAUGUCACCUCAGGAUGCUGUACAGACAGAGCAGGUCUGGUCCAUACUCUGUGGGUGUAGCGAUAAUACUGAUACAAGAAAAAUGUGCUUUCCUUUCCUCUCGUCUUUGUUUGAGUCAGUUCUCAGUACCCUUAUAAGGAUAGUCCGAUAACAGGGAAUUAUGGUAAUCCAGCUGAGAGGUAAUAACAGUUGUUCUGAGAAAUGAUGUGUCUGAUUUUUCUGAUCAAAUAGAACUCCCAUAUUCCCAGACAGUAGUACUAGAUGCCAGGCUGAUGCUAUCUAAUGUAGUCAUAUCAUCAGAAAAGGACUCUUUUGGGUGUUUUGGGCCAAGAACUGUUACUUCAGUGUAGUCUGAGUUGAGCAGCAAAAAAAUUCUGGUUAUUCAGGUUUAUCUUAGCAUAGUUAUCUGCAUGUUGUUAGCUCUCUCACAUAAACAUAUCUUGUAACCACCCCAGCCCCAAAUUUGAACCAUUUAUUUGACAAGUUGUUCAGGUUUGAAUGUUUAUGUUUUUUUCUGCUUUUUUUUAGAGAAAUCCACAAAUGCCACCCUCAUGUCCACAUACCACACUUUCCCUGACCCCGCUGAUGUUGUUCUGCUGCGCUCUCACCUGCUCAAUUGGUAUGACAAAGAGAAGAGAGAGCUGCCAUGGAGGACUCUGGUAAAUAAAGGUUUUCUCUUUUUAAUGGUUUAUUAUCCUGAAAGAAAAUAAUGUGUUGAAGUAGGUGUGGUUAUGUAGCAGUAUGCAUGUUACAUGUUCACUUUUUUCAAUUUAGUAAGGAUGCUUUUAUUAGAGAUUUACGUCUGUCUCUAUGUUGUCACCUUUUUUCAAACUGUGGUCAGAUAAAAAUUAAGUUUUUUUGUCUUUCUUAUAAUUGUAGAAUGUAACGUAAGAUGCCUUUGUCAGAUUUUAAACAGUCAUAUGGUUAUUAAUGUGUCAUUGUGUUAUAGAAUAAAGGCUCUAAUACCAUUAUGUAAAAUUAGUGGGUAUAUAUUUGUGGUUUGGUACAGAAAGUAACUGGGAGUUAGCUUUUUUUCAUCAGGGUGGGGAUCUACAAAGUUACUAUAAACUUUAAGAAGAAGAAGAAAAACUUUAUUGAUCCCCGAAGGGAAAUUCAAUUGUCUGUUGUCUCAUGUAAUAUGUCUAUAAAAGUUAUCUGGUAUUUACAUAAGAGCUAUAAAGCCUGAUGGCUGUUGUUAUUUUUCAUACAAAGUUGGAUAAUGUGAAAACAAUGCUGACAGUUUCUGUUUGGUAAAAUAACCAGCUGACUUUUUAUAUUACACAGGCUGUGACAGAGUCAGACCUCAACAUCAGGACAUAUGCAGGUAAAAAAAAAUCUUUUCAGUAUCUAACACCAUUUAUGUCACUGCUUUGGUGUCUCUUAACAAGACAGUUUCUCUGGUCUUUAUAGUCUGGGUUUCAGAAAUCAUGCUGCAGCAGACCCAAGUAGCCACAGUGAUAGAUUACUACAACAAAUGGAUGAAGGUUAGUAUUUUUUCUCUCAUGUAGAAAAUCUCUCGCAUUGGUUUUUCCUCAUUUGAACCUUUUCCUUCGUUCUGUUCCAGCGGUGGCCCACUGUACAGGAUCUUGCUGCUGCUACACUAGAGGUAAUGAUUAAAAAAGCUGUUGCUGGUAGUCAUGGUGAUCUUAAAUUGACUUCUAAAAAAACAGUGUUAAUUGUGUUCAUGUGUAGGAAGUGAAUCAGAUGUGGGCAGGCCUUGGCUACUACUCUAGAGGAAAAAGACUACACGAAGGAUCUCAGAAGGUCAGUGAAGAGCUUUGUAAACCUGGUCUGACUGUAGUUUCCCUCUCUCUCUUGCACUCGGUCGACUUUUUCAGACUCAAGACUUUAUAGAAGACCCAGGAUGUUUAUGUAAAUCAUUGACCGUUAGAGUAUACAUUUGAAGUGUAUUUUUGGACUGUAUCAGGUGGUGUCAGAGCUGAAGGGACAGAUGCCUCGCACAGUCGACAGCCUGUUAAAACAGCUGCCAGGAGUGGGACGCUACACUGCAGCGGCUAUUGGCUCCAUUUCUCUGGGCCAGGUGAGUCAUUAUACACAUCAAAACAGCUGGAGAAACAUCUCAAUAGCUACACUUUCUCAUUACUCCCUAAAUCCCUCUUGACUAGGUCACUGGAGCUGUGGAUGGCAAUGUGAUUCGAGUGCUGUGUCGUCUGAGGGCCAUUGGAGCUGACAGCACAAGUUCUACAGUAACAGAGGCUCUGUGGUGAGAUUGAACAUCAUGACUAUCUCCACGUACCGUAAUCUGACCAUGAUGUCUAAUUUUGCAUCACUUUCACAUUUGUGCUGAGUUUUAAGUUUCAACACUUCUCCUAUAAGAGCCUCAACAUGCAGUCAUGUCCACUCUCAGGAAUCUAGCUAAUAAACUGGUGGAUCCUGAGAGAUCUGGAGACUUUAACCAGGCCAUGAUGGAGCUGGGUGCAAGAAUCUGCACCCCCAAAGGACCUUUGUGCAGCCAGUGUCCCAUACAGACUCACUGUCACUCCUACAGGAAGGUGAGAAGAAUGCUGAGUGUCAAAGCAAUGCUAGUAGGUAAUUGCAACGGUCUGUGCUUUUAUUUCCAAUGAUAAUUUAAUUUAAUUUAAUUUUAAUUAACAAGGUUUUGUUUGUCUCUUUUACUUAUCUUUUAUAUCUGGACUUAUUUCCGUACUCACCUGUACUGUAUUCGUAUUUGUGUCUAUAUCUGUACUUAUCUUAUGUACCGUUUUUGUUUAUCUUAUUUUAUAUACAGCGCUUUGUAAUUUUGAUCUGUGAAAAGCACUCUAUAAAUAAACUUAACUUACUUACUUACUUACUAACAAAAGCUUGGUGCUAGCAUUUACGUGUUGUAGAGUGCAUGAUAGUGGUCUUAUAUUGUGUUGAAUUGUGCAGGUUCACAUCAAACAAGAGAAAAACUCCCAGAAGCUGUUGGGGAAGCAGGAUAAGAAGCUGUCCUCCCUGCCUGAUAUAGAAGACUGUGGUAAAUGUCCUAAUUCAGAUCCCUACACCUUCCUCUGGUUAUAACAUUAGAUUAAAAGACUUUUUCUUCUCUGUCAGUGGACGGCCGGGAAUGUCUGUUGUGUCCCUCUGAGCCCUGGGAUGAUGAGCUGGGUGUUCAGAACUUCCCCAGAAAGCCAGCAAAGAAGCCGCCCCGCGUGGAGCGAACUCUGACCUGUGUGGUGAUCAGAACAGGCGAGGAGGGCGAGGACGAGUACCUGCUUACACAGAGGCCGAACAAAGGUUAGUAUGGUCAACACAUCAGAGGUCACACUCUUAUUCCUACUUGACUUUUUAUUCACAGCUUUCACUCCAGUCCUGCCUGUGUCGAUUUGGCUGUACUUUCUGCCUAGUUUUACUCUAUCAUUGUUAUCUUAUGUGAUAAAUUUUGAAAUACUGACGGCAAAAUCUAAUAAAUGAUGAAACCUUGUAUAAAACACAUUAGUAUAUAAAUUAAAUAUGUUAAUAAUAGGAUGAGCCUUAAGUAGUGUUUGUUUAUCAACAGGUUUGCUGGCAGGCAUGUGGGAGUUUCCAAGUGUCCUGCUGGAGGAGAAAAACUCUGAGGUGGAUCAGAAGAGGGUGCUGUGUUCAGAGAUCAACAGGUUACUAGGAACCAGUCUGACAGAAAGUCUUUUCCAGUAUGUAGGAGAGGUAAUGAGAACAUGAUGAGUACAACCUGUACAACCUGACACACAUUUUUAUGCAGAAUAAACUCCUUUUUACCCCCCUGUUUACAACUUCUGAUGGGCCACUGAUGUGGUCUUUGCAGGUUGUCCACAUCUUCUCCCACAUCCACCAGACGUACCUGGUUCACAGUGUUUGUUUGAGGAACGGUGGGACACAAACACAGACUGAAAAUGCACAGUGGCUGAGCAGAUCGGCUAUACAGGAAGCUGCUGUGUCCACAGGAGUGAAAAAGGUUUUUACUUUGUUUGCUCAGAGUCUAGGGAGGUGUGUGAGUUUGCAGUCUGCUGCAUCAGGAGUAGACUACAGUAUCUCUCACAGGCUUUUACAGAUUACAGAGAAGAGAUUAUGUGAAGAGAAGAUGAAACAAAUCAAAAUGUUGUGUCUCCUGCAGAUUGUGAAGCUUUGUAGUGAAAACGAACAAACCACCAAGGUAAAAGCUCUUUAUUUCUGUGUACUGAAACCUGAAUCUCACUCUAUACUCCUGUACUAAAACAGAUUCUAUGUGUAUUAUUUGUUUCUUCUUUCUUUACUCAGGAUGGAAAAAGGAAAAAGCCCACUGACACGAAGAAUGUCAAGAAACAACCAACUUCUAAAAAAGCCAAAGUGGACGCCGCUCACACAGGCAGCAGACAGCUCUCUCUCAGUUCCUUCUUUAAAGCAGUAAAAGAAGAGUCUGUCUGAAGCAUGCAAACGUCCCUCACUGUGCCUUUUCAGGAGUAUGUGCCUCUUUUGACACAGGAAGGUGAAAAAUACAGUUACACAAAAUCACUCCUUUUUUUAAAGACAAUUGGUUAACACUGAAAAACUAUUUACCCCAUGAUACCGAUGAAGUGUUAGAAACCUACUGUUAAUCAUGUUUUAUUAAUGUUUUAUGGGAAGUUCGAAAACAAAGUCAAUUAAAUCCUUUUACUUCAGCUUUUUAUGUGUUUUUAGACUUUGUAAAAGCGAAUGAUAUUUCACUGUAACAAAAAUGUACAGUUGAUGAAGACGAUCUUUUCAACAUUAAUAUCAACUAUAAUCUGGGUAACUGUCGAUCUUUGUAGUGCCAACAUCAGCUGCCAUCAUUGUUACUAUAUUAUCAGUUUCUACUAUUAUCUUAACAUUGCAACAACAAUGAAUUUUGAAUGUGCCUUCAGGAAUAAAUAAAGUUAUUCUUGUUCUUACAUUGA